AUGGACUUGCGGAAGCAUGAGCAAGGCACCGAAAUCAAGGCCAUCACGAUGCACAUGAUGAAGAUUCUGGCGCCCGACUUUAUUCUCACAGAGGAAGGUCGUGGCUCGCGUGAUGCGGAUGGCCAGAUGUCGGACUUUCCAUUCGAGGCGUAUGUGCUGCUGGAUAUCUGA